GCAUCCGCCGCCUCUCGAAGUUCAUUCAGUCGGCAGGUCGGCUAAGCCAGCAUGAUGUUAGACGCUUUCAUUUUCAUUGUCACUCGACAGAGAUAAGACACCAACGCGGAUCGCGCGAACUGAUAUUUGAGUUCUUGUGUGAUUUGAUUAUAAUCAUAGCGAGGUAAUCGACCGUCUAUCAAUCAAUCGAUGGCUGAUUUGGACGAGAUCAUUUACAAAGCUGAUCAAUUUAUAGUCAAUUGUGAAUUUGAAGAAGCUUGUCAUCUGCUACGCGAAUACAGGGAUCCUCCUCGUUAUGAAAUACUGUGGCGUCUUGCAAAUUCCCUAUACUAUCUCUGUCGAGAUUGGUAUCGAACGGAUAAAAAGCGUGCAGAGAACUUGAUCCCCGAAGGCUUCGAAGUAUCGUCCAAGUUGCUGGAAAUAUCUCCGGAAAAAUCACCUUCCCAUAAGUACUACGCCAUAUUCCUGGGAGAAAAAGCAGGACUCUCCGGACCCAGACAGCAGAUCCUGUCGCUGAACAAUGUCCUGUCUCACAUCAAGACCGCCAUUCAGCUAGAUCCCUUGGAUCCGUUCGUGUGGUACCUGGAAGGAGCUUUCUACGAAAAACUGCUUCGUCUGCAAUGGUUCGAAAAGCAGCUAGUUUACACUCUAAACAAACACCUGGUGAAGCCCACGCCCGAUGACGCGCUUCGGUGUCUGCUCAAAGCGGAAGAUAUUAGGGCCAACUUUUUCUACUACAAUCAAUAUCUGAUCGGGAAGAUCUACUUCGAUCAGAAGGAGUACGAUAAGGCCAGGCCGUUCCUUUUGAAACUGGCCAAUCUUCGAAUACUCAGAACCGAAGACGACAGGCGUGCCAAGGAAGAAGCGGAAAAGAUGUUGGCCAAAAUAUAAUCUGAACGUUUGUAGGUUACUGUUAUUAGAUUUAUAUAAGUUGUACAGCAUAAUUUUUAACUCUUAUAUAAUAACCGGAAUAAAUUAAAACAACGAUA